CUGCUUUUUGUUAACGACUUUAUGAAUUUGAGUUCUACCAAACCGACCAAUCCCUUAAGCCCAAAUAGCCUGCGCCUUGCUUCUUGACCGCCCGCCAUGAACUUUCUCUCUCUCUACAAAUCCCAAGAUUUUGAUGCUUCACUGAGCUGCCCCGGCAAAGAAAAUGGAGAAGCCUGCACCCUUCUCUCUCCUCCUACUCCUCCUCUCUCUAACUCCUCCAUCUACUUCUCAGUCACAGUCCCCCUCUUCUUGCCCCAUCGAUCUCAAUUAUGUUUCUACAAUCCCAUGGCAGCGCUCCUCCUGCAUUGGAGACCCCAGCAAGAGCGACCAUUGCUGUCAAACGCUGCUCAGUCUUUUCGGAAUCGGCCUCGCCCAACACCUCCGAGACACCUCGCUCUUCCAGCUCUCCCAUCCCUCGGCCGCCACCUCCUGUCUUGCCUCUCUCCAGCAGAGGCUCGUCUCCCUCGGUCUCUCCUCCUCUUUGAUUCCCCUCUGCCUCAACAACUCUGCCGAGUUUGUCAUCGACUCCUCCAAUUGCGUUGGCAUAAGGACCAAGGAUGACUGGCGACGCAGGCUGGGCAACACCUCGGUCGAUGACGCCUGCAGUGGGGACCUCUCGGACCUCACGUCCUGCAACUCAUGCGUGCAGAGCGGGUUCAACGUGACGUCUCAGCUGUUGAGCAUGGACCGCAACAGUGCUAAUGCCACCAACCGCACCAACGAGUGCUUCAACUUCACCGUGUUGUAUGCUGCUGGCGUGGCCAAUGCGAGGGGGCCGGAGGAUCUCGGCACAGCAUCCUGCGUGCUGGGGUUGCCCCUCACCAAGAGGAGCAAAUCGAACCAACAGAGGCAGCUGUCGCUGCUGUCUGCGCUCUGCGGUGUCAUCUCAGGGGUGGUGUUCAUGACUUUGUUAGGGGGUUUCUAUUUGUGGUGGGAGAGGAAGAGGCAGAGGAAGCAGAAAUCAUCAGUUGAGGACGGUAGUUGGGAAGGAGGGGACACGAGGGCUCGAGUGAGGCCGAAUACUGGGGCGACCUGGUUCGACAUUCGGGAGCUGAAGAAGGCCACAGGGGGCUUCUCCCAGAGGACCAUGAUCGGUCAGGGCGGGUUCGGGAUUGUGUACAAGGGGACCCUCCCCGACGGGACCUUUGUUGCAGUAAAGAAAAUGGUGACACAGGGGCUGGAUUUGCAGGGCGAUGACUUCUCGAACGAGGUCAAUAUCAUCUCCAGCAUCAGGCAUCGCAACCUGCUUCCCCUUCGGGGAUGCUGCAUAGCCAGAGAUGACGAAGGUGAAGAACAGAGGUUCCUCAUAUACGACUACAUGUCUAAUGGAAGUGUCGAUGAGUGGGUGUUCGGGACGAAGGAGGGGAAGAGGCUGAGCUGGGCGCAGAGGAGGGGGAUUGUGGUCGGGGUGGCAAAGGGACUGGCCUACCUCCACAACGGGGUGAGGCCGGCCAUCUACCAUCGCGACGUGAAGGCCACAAACAUCCUGCUGGACACACACAUGAACGCGAGGGUGGCCGACUUCGGCCUUGCAAAGCAGAACAGAGAGGGCCAGUCGCACCUCACCACCCGUGUGGCCGGUACCCAUGGGUAUCUGGCACCCGAAUACGCUCUCUACGGGCAGCUAACAGAGAAGAGCGAUGUGUACAGCUUCGGGGUGGUGUUGCUCGAGAUCAUGAGCGGGAGGAGGGCUCUCGACGCAAGCGAGGGCUCCGAGGCGUUUCUGGUGUGCGACUGGGCGUGGGGGCUGGCGAAGGCGGGGAAAGUGAGGGAGGUGAUAGAGAAGGGGAUAAGGGAGGAGGGGCCGAUGGAGGUGAUGGAGAGGUUUGUGAUGGUGGGGAUUCUGUGUUCUCAUGUGAUGGUGGCAUUCAGGCCGAGUAUGGGGGAGGCGCUGGGGAUGUUGGAGGGAGACUUCGAGGUUCCAGAGAUUCCAGACAGGCCUCUGCCCCUAGGCCAUGAAUCCUUUCAGUGGGGUUCACCUUGUACAGUUGCAAGUAAUGGUGAUGGCAGUGGCCAUCGAAGAAGCAUGACUACCAGAGCUAUAGCAGGAGCCAUUGCUCGAGCCACCUUAUCACAUUACUAGUGGCCAUGGGAAUUUUCUUUUUUUUUUAUCUAUUCAACAUUCAUUUGAUACUGAUUAUCAUUGUAUUUUGAUACAAAAACUUUUGUAAGUAAUGAAAUGUUUUGUCAUCAACUCAUCAUUGAAAUGGGUAAGAAAUAUGUUUGUAGAAGAAGAUUAGAAGAAGACAAUGAUAUUUUCAUCAAUUGU